AACGAAGUCAUCGACGUCAACCAUCAACGUGUAUUUUCCGUGGAUAUGAGAUAUUUUCGUUUUUAAAUAAUUUUAGUUGAUGAAAUGAGUGAAAAGAAUUGGUUUUUAUCGUAAUACUUAAGUGCGCAAGACAAUUGGGCUAUAAAUAGUGUAUGUUAUGUUAUAAUUAAAAAGGAAUUUUACAACUUUUACAAUCAUGGUCUUGUUAGGAAAUGAAGAGUUCUUGACAGAAUUAUCGAAGUUAUUCCAAAAAGCUCGAGCAUCGGGAUCUGUAACUAUGACAAUGAAAAGAUAUGACGGCAGAACGAAACCACAACCACGUGAUGGCACCCCAGCGGUUAAAGACCCUGAAUACAAAUGCCUCGUCAGAGCACAGUCACGGAGCAAAAAGAUAUCCACUGUAAUAGAACAGUUGGAUGUAGAGAAGUUCACUACUGCUUACUCAAACCUUCUGAAAACUAGUGUAAACGGGCUCAAGCGUUUAAAGAAACCGAAGAAAAAGGCUAUGGCAGCUCAGUAAAGUUACUAUACGGUCAAUAUAAGAGACUGAAGCAAUAUAAUUAUUAGUAUUUAUAUUAUGUGAAGUGUUGUGGGUGCAAUACAGGUUACAUCAAACUGCUAGUAUGCUCUGAAUAUGAGGCACAUGACGCUUGAUAAUAUUUUUUUAUGUACAUAUUGGUGUAUAUUGUUAUAGGUAAAACCUAAGUUAUUUGUAUAAAUGCAUUAUUUUUAUACUGGAGACCAUUUCUUAUCUAUUAAUAGCUAACAUUCAGCUAAAGUGGUUUCAGAUUUUUGCACAAACUUAUAACUUUGAUAAUAAUGUAAUAAUGCAGUGCCAUGGAGAUAGUAUCAUGAUGUAGCAAAAAUGGUGGGCAUGCCAUCAUGGGACCUCCUUAACUUCUCAACAUAACUCUGUAUUUGGGCUCGUUGGAUUUGUCUUAACAAGUACUAUAGACCUAUGUCUAGAUCUGUGAGCCCCUGGGCAUCUAUAUGAUGUCUGCAGAGUCUCAUGAUGAAGCCUGGAGAUGGCACUAGGAACUCUAAUACCCAUCAUAACUUCAUUAUGUUUGGGCUUAUUGAAUUUGUCUAUUAUAUUCGUUUCAGUACAUAGCUUAUAUAAAAGCUUGAAAUAGAAAGAGAAUUUUUUAAGAAUGUGAUUUCCUUCUGUCAAUUUGUUUUUAUUAUUUAUCAUUGCCUCGCUUGCCUUCAAGAAUAUUUUAAGCAUACUAGGAGUUUGGCAAAACCUGAUCUGACUGAUAGCACUAAGUGCGUCAAGUUCCAUUAAAGUGUGCUCUUCUCUCUGUGAGAUCGAAGAGUUGGAUUCUUGUAUGUAUGGUGACCGAGACAAGUGACAAGCUUAACUCUACUGUCCAUACUCCGCAUUUUUGUAUAAAGUUAUUAACAUUUAUCAAAUAAAUACUGCUGGUUCUCAUU